CGUGAACGGGCGACACUACGAGGCCCCCUCCACUCACUAUCAGCUGUUGUCUUUUAGCAUGACGGUGAGACUCAUCCCAUUCAGGCAAGCUAAUCACUCUUUUGUUACUUCAAAGCACGAGGAUCCAUCUUCACUCUACUUUCCUAUCAUCAACGGCCCCGGACACCGAGCUACGAGUUUCUUGAAUCGAAGAAGCUAGAAAUUGCAUUCCCCUACCAUCCUCUGCUCUCUUCAACCUGAUUGUGAGCUUUUCCUCACCCCGACGGACUGUUCCACUCUACUGCACUCUGCUGCACUCAACUUCAUUCCGUGCUAGUCGGACGACCUCACUUCUCUUUGUCCAUCUCCAGACCCCAAACUUCAGCACUACCAUCUUCAUCACAGCCGACUGGAGUCCUCAUCAUGGCGACCAACGACAACAAUCGUGUCACAAAGGACACAUCGGCUCGGAAGAAUCCGCCCCCGCCCUCCAUGCUCUUCACAGGGAUACAAGAGGCCGCGCAAAAGGCCGCGGAAGAAGUCGCCCGAGAAGCCAUGCAAAGGGCUUAUCUCGAAAACCUCGCUGCCGGGUACGAAGCGCAGAUCCAAGCCACCGAGACCAAACUCAACAACCAGAUCAACUUGCUGAAGGAGGAGCAUGCGAACCAGCUCUCUCAGCACAGCAGCCAAGUCAGCUCGUUGAAAGAUGAACAUGCAAAGGAGAUCUCCAAGCACAACGACUGGAUCGUUGCGCUAAAGAAACAGCAUGAGAAAGAGAUCUCCGAGCUCAAGGCUGGGCAGGAGAAGACCACAGCAUCUUCAACCGCUGGUCGCGCCAAAGCCGAAAACGCACUUCAUCAGGCAAAACUUUCAGCAAUGGCCGAGGGCGCUGCCAAAGCUAGGCAAGAAUCGCAAGCCAAUGUUUCGGAGUUGUUGGCGAAGAUCAACGCCCGGGACGGAGAGAUUGCGGAGCUGAAUAAACAACUUGAGAAGAAGGUCGCGGACUGCGCGAAAACGACGGCGGCCACGGACGCCUUGCUCCUCAAGAAGAGUAGGGCUAUCGUAGAGCUCCAGCGCCGAGUGAGUGAUCACCCCAGUUCGUGGAUUCAAGUGCACUUCGAUCGCAAACACGGAAAGAGACGCACGUACUUCCGGAAACCCGACGAGAACUUCAGAGAGGCCGUCGAGGAGCUGGGUAAAGCCGCCGGACUCAAGUAUGAAAGGACGGUCUUCCGGCGCCCUGACAACAACGGCUAUAUAGAUGGCAGCAAAAGUCUCGCACAGAAUGGGAUCACACAUGGCGCUAUUGUCCACUACGAAACAGGAUUCAACUUCUCCACAAGCACGUAAAGACGUGGAUGAUGGAUGUUGUAGCGAAGUGCGAUGGGUGAAGCUAGUCGAGAUGUCACGCGGCUUCGGCCGGGCGGGAGUGUGGACUGUGGAAGAUGGCGGGACUGGCCUUGUCUCGAUGGAGGUGAACAUAGCUAAGAAGGCAUUGGUUUAGGCACUUGUGAGGACCAUCUUACCAGAAGAGGUAGCUACUAGUAUCUACCUUGAGGUAGGGACCUAACUUACAUGGCAAGGCAUCUUUGAG